CCUCUCUCUACUCUGCUCUUCAAAUCAUCACCACCGCUUCACCGCUCGCGCCAGCCAAUGUCAGGCGACGGCGACGGCGACGUGCGCGGCCUCGAGGCGACGGCUGCCGCCGCGGCAGAGGCGACGCGGGAGCUGCAGGAGGCGGCCGCGGCCCUCGUCGCAACCCGCGCCGCCGAGGAGGACGCGCUGCGCCGCAGCGUCGUGGCGCUGGACACCGACGUCCGCCGCCUCCAGGGCUCGCUCCACCUCGACCCCUCCACGCUCGACAAGGAAAAUCAGAUGCCAAUGAAAUUACAACAGCAAGAAUCAGCAGUGGAACAACAGCAAGGGGGAGAGGAAAAGCUCCCCGAAAAUCUCCUCCUCUACUUUGAGCAAAUCCUCCACGAUGACCCACUCAUCGAUGAGGUGGGGUUCUUGCACCCAACACAAUUCUGCUCACUAGAUUGCGCCCGAGAUGGUGACUCCGCUUCACAAUCUACAGAGUUCCAUUGCGCAAGAUACUUCUGGUGCAGAGACCACAAGCUUGCCAUCUCCGCCGAGAUCCUCCCCGAGCUUUACCAUGCUGCUCGGGAUGCCUACUACAACGCAAGGGAUGCCCCACUAUCGCGCACUAAUCUCAUGAGGCACACCAAGGCACUGCUCAUACUUUGUCCUGACCUACUCACUGCAUGGAACUCCAGGAAAAUGGUGCUAUCAGCGUUGUAUGAUUUCACAAAGCUCAAGGAUGAACUGCAAUUGUGUGCCUUGAUCCUUUCCUACUCUCCAAAGAACGAGAGCACAUGGAGCCAUAGGAGAUGGGUGAUAAAACAAGUUGCUGAGCAACAUCAAGAUAUGUUGGAGCUUAUAGGGAAUGAAUCCAUACUGGUCAAAGAGAUAGCAGAGAAAUCGAAAAUGAACUAUCGUGCAUGGAGGCAUCGAUGUUGGCUUAUUCCUUACAUGACAAGGAAACAAGUGCUGGAUGAACUGAAUGAGUCAACAAGAUGGAGUGAGCUACAUGUUGCUGACAACUGCUGCUUCCACUAUCGAAGAUCUUUGCUGCUUGCGCUACUAGACAACUUCUUUGGGAAUGAAGAGGAUUCCCUUAGUUGGGAGUCAGAUAUUUGCUUGCUAUGGAAGGAGGAGCUUAGGUGGGAUGAGAUGCUGAUCAAACGCUACCAGGGGAGAGAGUCGUUAUGGAACCACCGUCGGUUCCUUUCACACUUGUGGAUACAACACUUGCUCACUGUUGAAGGAAACUGGCCCGCAACGACAUCCCAGAUGGAUAUGUUUGUCAUCCAGGAGAUACAACUGCUGUCAGAGUGCCUGCAUGAUCCUGUGGAUGAGUUUGAGGAGUCGCGUGUCCAAGCAGAGCUUUCAGCGCUCUACAUUAUGUGGAUAACAAAGCAAGUCCCGGAUGUGAAGGGGAAGCUGGAAGAGAGGUUGCAUUUUGCCUCCAUGGGGAGGCUGAAGGACGUGCUGGCAGGAGCCUGCAGGCCAGAGAAGAGGUUUUGGAUGAAUUUGCUCAACCUGGCUGAUCAAUCCAGUGACGUACAAUAAUACAUGACCUUUCUUGUUGAGUUUGAGCCGUCAACAUACAUGACAUGGACGCCAAGCUCUUGCUUCAGGUCCUGUCUCCCGGAUUUCUGCCAAGUUUUUGCUUCAGCCCAAGAGCAGGAAACCAGAUAAUGUAGAUGCUAAAAAAAAGCUCUUUGGGUAUUGGACCAGUGAGUCUAUUGCGUGAAAGGUUCAAGUUUUGAAGAGGACAGUUGCUUAGACUCCAAGGUAUUAUCUCCACUGAGGCCAUUGGCAUCCAGAACAAAUCUAGAAAGCACUGUUAAAUUUCUAAGAGUUUCUGGGAUUAAAUUGCUGAGAGUUUCUGGUAUAUUCGGGCUUCUUGAGAUUGCCAACUGAUGAUGGGAUACUAGAGAUUGCUCCCCGUGCUUUCUGAUAUAUUUCUAGCUAUAUUGUUCAUCCCUAUGCUAAGUAAGAAGAGGAAAAAGAAAAAAAACAGACCCCUGGACAAAUUUCCCUUCAGAUUUGGUAGAAACUUAAUAUAGGUUUGAUUUAGUACAAACUAGCAAAAACUGAGUUACAAAUUUUCAAA